AUGAUAAUACCAUUAUUUUGUAAAUUUUUAUUCGGUGAAAUCAGUUUAGUUGCAAUUGAUGCUGUAAUAUCAGGGGUAAUAUUUUUCUUGAUCGCUGCAAUAAAAAUCUUUGAGUUUUUCAUAGCUAAAUUUUUAUACGAGUCUACAAAUCCACAAAGAAAAAUGAAGAUUGCUGCAAAAUUCGCAAUUUUAGUUUUGUAA